CCUCCUGCCUCAGCCUCCCGAGUACUGGGAUUACAGGCGUGCGCCACUACGCCCGGCUACUGCUGUCACCCCUUGCCGAGCCUGCCCCUCCCCGGCUGGGCCCUGUCGCCUUCGCCCUGUCGCCUUCCGCCCCCACGUAGGCCUGACUUUCGGUAAAUUACAGUGCUUGGGCUCUCAGGAAGCCGAGGGGCCCACACAGGAAGGCGGCAAUGGGACUUUCCUGUCUCUGCCUCCGGGCCUGCCUUCCUGUCAGCCUGCCUUCCUGUCACCAGCCCAGGGUCCCCGCAUGCCAGGCCCCUGCAGGUUGCUCUCAUGGCGCCCCCGAGCGAGGAGACACCCCUGAUUUCCCAGCGGUCCUGUAGCCUCUCAUCCUCAGAGGCUGGGGCUCUGCAUGUACUGCUGCCUCCUCGGGGCCCCGGGCCCCCCCAGCGCCUGUCUUUCUCCUUUGGGGAUCACUUAGCUGAGGAGCUGUGUGUGCAAGCUGCCAAAGCCAGCGGCAUCUUGCCUGUGUACCACCCUCUCUUCGCGCUGGCCACAGAGGACUUGUCUUGCUGGUUCCCCCCAAGCCACAUCUUCUCGGUGGAGGAUUUGGGCACCCAGAUCUUGGUCUACAGGCUCCGUUUUUAUUUCCCCAGCUGGUUUGGGCUGGAGAAAUGCUACCGCUUCGGGCUCCGCAAGGACCUGGCCAGCGCCAUCGUGGACCUGCCUGUCCUGGAACAUCUCUUUGCCCAGCACCGCAGUGACCUGGUGAGUGGGCGCCUCGCCGUGGGCCUCAGCCUCAAGGAGCAGGGUGAGUGUCUCAGCCUGGCCGUGCUGGACCUGGCCCGGAUGGCCUGUGAGCAGGGGCGGCCGCCGCAGGAGAUGCUGCGCACCGUCAGCUACAAGUCCUGCCUGCCCCGCGGCCUGCGAGACCUCAUCCAGGGCCUGAGCUUCGUGACGCGCAAGCGGAUCCGCAGGACGGUGCGCCGCGCCCUGGGCCGCGUGGUCGCCUGCCAGGCCGACCGGCACUCGCUCAUGGCCAAGUAUGUCAUGGACCUGGAGCGGCUGGACCCGGCCCGGGCCACCGAGACCUUCCGCGUGGGGCUCCCGUGGGCCGCGGGCGGCCAGGACGUGCAGGGGCGGCUGCGCGUGGCCGGGGGCAGCGGCAUCGCCUGGAGCCCCGGGGAGCAGGAGCCCUUCCAGCAGUUCUGCGACUUCCCGGAGAUCGUGGAUGUCAGCGUGAAGCAGGCCCCGCACGCGGGCCCCGCCGGGGAGCGCCGCCUGGUCACCGUCACGCGCGCCGACAGCCAGAUCCUGGAGGCCGAGUUCCCGGCGCUGCCCGCCGCGCUGUCCUUCGCGGCGCUCGUGGACGGCUACUUCCGCCUGACGUGCGACGCGCGGCACUUCUUCUGCAAGGAGGUGGCGCCCCCGCGGCUGCUGGAGGAGGUGGCCGAGCGCUGCCACGGCCCCAUCACCCUGGACUUCGCCGUGCACAAGCUCAAGGCCCGGGGCUCAGUCCCGGGCUCCUACGUGCUCCGCCGCAGCCCACAGGACUUCGACAGCUUUCUGCUCACGGCCUGUGUCCAAACACCCCUGGGCCCCGACUACAAGGGCUGCCUCAUCCGCCGCGACCCCACUGGGGGCUUCUUCCUGGUCGGCCUCAGCCGGGCGCACGGCAGCCUCAGGGAGCUCCUGGCCGCCUGCCGCGAGGGCGCGCUGCGCGUGGACGGCGUGGCCCUGAGCCUCACCGCCUGCUGCACCCCCACGCCCAAAGAGAAGUCCAACCUGAUCGUGGUGCGGAGGGGCUGCGGCCCGGCCACCGGCGGCCCCGCGCAGCCCCCGGCGCAGCCCACGCUGAGCCAGCUGACCUUCCACAAGAUCCCCCCCCACAGCCUGCAACGGCAUGAGAACCUGGGCCACGGCUCCUUCACCAAGAUUUACCGUGGCUCCCGCCGCGAGAUCGUGGACGGCGAGGCCAGGGAGACCCAGGUGCUGCUGAAGGUGCUGGAUUCCGAGCACAGGAACUUCGUGGAGUCCUUCCUGGAAGCAGCCAGCUUGAUGAGCCAAGUGUCCUACCCGCACCUGGUGUUGCUGCACGGCGUGUGCAUGGCUGGAGACAGCACCAUGGUGCAGGAGUUUGUACCCCUGGGCGCCAUUGACACCUACCUGUGCAAGCGCGGCCACCUGGUGCCUGCUAGCUGGAAGCUGCAGGUGACCAAGCAGCUGGCCUAUGCCCUCAACUAUUUGGAGGACAAAGGCCUCCCUCAUGGCAAUGUCUCAGCCCGGAAGGUGCUGCUGGCGCGGGAGGGGGCCGACGGGAGCCCACCGUUCAUCAAGCUCAGUGACCCGGGUGUCAGCCCCACUGUGCUGAGCCUGGAAAUGCUGACCGAUAGGAUCCCCUGGGUGGCCCCCGAGUGUCUUGAUGAGGCCCGGAUGCUGGGCCCCGAGGCGGACAAGUGGGGCUUUGGAGCGACGGUCUGGGAGGUCUUCAGCGGGGCCCCGGUGCCCGUCCGCUCGUUGGAUCCUGCCAAGAAACUCAAGUUCUACGAGCAGCGGCGGCAGCUGCCGGCGCCCAGGUGGACGGAGCUGGCCGCGCUGAUCCGCCAGUGCAUGGACUACGAGCCGGGCCGCAGGCCGAGCUUCCGCGCCGUCAUCCGGGACCUCAACAGCCUCAGCACCUCAGAUUACGAGCUCCUCUCCGACCCCGCGCCUGAUGCCCUGGGGCCCCGGGACGGGCUGUGGAGCAGUGCGCAGCUCUACGCCUGCCAGGACCCCACGAUCUUCGAGGAGCGGCACCUCAAGUACAUCUCGCAGCUGGGCAAGGGCAACUUCGGCAGCGUGGAGCUGUGCCGCUACGACCCGCUGGGGGACAACACGGGCGCCCUGGUGGCCGUGAAGCAGCUGCAGCACAGUGGGCCGGAGCAGCAGAGGGACUUCCAGCGGGAGGUGCAGAUCCUGAAGGCGCUGCACAACGACUUUAUCGUCAAGUACCGCGGCGUCAGCUAUGGCCCCGGCCGGCAGAGCCUGCGCCUGGUGAUGGAGUACCUGCCCUGCGGCUGCCUGCGCGACUUCCUGCGGCGCCACCGCGCGCGCCUGGACGCCGGCCGCCUGCUGCUGUUCGCCACGCAGAUCUGCAAGGGCAUGGAGUACCUGGGCGCCUGCCGCUGCGUGCACCGCGACCUGGCCGCUCGCAACAUCCUGGUGGAGAGCGAGGCGCACGUCAAGAUCGCCGACUUCGGGCUCGCCAAGCUGCUGCCGCUGGACAAGGACUACUACGUGGUGCGCGAGCCGGGCCAGAGCCCCAUCUUCUGGUUUGCGCCCGAGUCCCUGGCGGACAGCGUCUUCUCGCGCCAGUCGGACGUGUGGAGCUUUGGCGUGGUGCUGUACGAGCUCUUUUCCUUUGGGGACCCCAGCUGCAGCCCCUCCGCCGAGUUCAUGCGCAUGAUGGGCUGUGAGCGCGACGCCCCCGCCCUGUGCCGCCUGCUGGAGCUGCUCGCCGAGGGCCGCAGGCUGCCCGCGCCUGCCGCCUGCCCCACGGAGGUUCACGAGCUCAUGAGCCGCUGCUGGGCUCCCAGCCCGCAGGACCGGCCGACCUUCAGCGCCCUGGGCCCCCAGCUGGAGGCGCUGUGGAGCGGAGGCCGGGGGUAGUGGCCGAUUGUGUGACCUGGUCUCCUCCGCGCCGCUUGGCUUCCUGAGGGCAGACUCGUGCCCUGUCCUCCCUGCAUCCCCAGGGUGGACUUUGCAUUGUCUCUGGCCCGGCCAGUGUGACCUUGGGCCUCGUGAAGACCCCUCAGGGAAGUGACCUCACCAGCAGCCUGGAAGACUCUUAUUCAUUUCUCAAAGCCCCAGCUGUGGUGUCCUUAGAGUUUCCCUUGUAUACCCCUAUUCACGCUGUGCCUCCCGCCCAAACUCCUGACCUGGGGGCUCCUCGGGGGCGGGGCGGAGGGAGGCUUCAGUGUGGUGGGCACAGAGUGGGCUCAGGGUGCGUUUGUUGAGUGAAUAAAGGUGUUCGAUGGCAACGAU